AUGUAUCAACCGCCGGCUAAGAGGGCCAAGACAGGGCCUGUAAUAACUCGCUAUCUACCUCCACCUGGCUACAGAGGUCCCGCCACUCAAUCGACCUGGACCCCGCCACCCUAUCAAGCUUAUCCUCCAGCUCCAACCUAUCAGCCUACCUGGCCGGUAUAUCCACAACAAUCGUAUGUGGCAAACGGUUAUCCGGCGUAUGCUCCGGGUUGGCAACAACAACCGACUCCAGUUGGAAAUCCUCCACAAAGUAUAAACUCAUACCCAUGGCAAGCGAACAGUGCUCAACACAACCCAAACAAACGCCGACACAGCUCGAUCCCCCCAGCGCAUAGCAGACACACUUCGAUCGCCGUACCACUGGAUGGAAAUGGCGAUCCUCUUCCAGCACAGACAGUCACCGAUAAUGACGAUCUCGAGCACGAAUUCGAUGCCGAAUGCUACUACGCACGCCACCCUGACGAAGUAGAUCCGAACCUGAGUCUUGGGCUGAUAGAGUGGAAUGCACCAAAGCCGACGAACCAUCCCCUCGCUGGCAGUUUUGCAGAGGCGGAAGUCGAAGUUAUCGCACCACGCAGACCAAGGGCCGCAGAUGAGCCAUCAAUAUCGGAUUACUUCACUAAUCCUAGGCUUGAGGAGUCGCUGCGCAGCGUGAGACAGACGACUGCAUGGCAGGAAAUCAAGGACGAUCUCAUCUAUCGACAGUUUUCACGAGUCUGUAAGGAGGUCAUUAGGAUGUCCGAACUCAUGAGCCGGUAUCGAGAUCGCCCAGAUCCUGCAUGGGAGGCUGCGGAGGACGGUGCGGAGCUUCACGACAGCAUCAUGGAGAUGGAUGAAGGUAUUGGCUGUGUCAAGUCCACAGAGCAGGCCGAAGAAGCGGACAUUCUUGGCAAUCUCGAGCAGGCACUCACGGCUGACAAUGUCAAACGACUCCCCAAUAGCAAGCGACCUGCGGUGGGGAGCAGGACGCACUCGCGUGCCACAUCGGUCGCUUCAACCGCUGGAGAACGUAUCACGAGACCAAGACUAUUGGAACCCAUCCGAGAUUCUGCGCAGGAGGAUGUGUUGGCUAGUCUAGGCGUCACGGGCUCGCCAAAAGUCGUCUAUCAGACACCUGGCCCAGCUCUAGGACCAGGCAGCCAGGCUGCUUCCAGCCGGCAGGGUUCCGUUGUUAGCGACGACGGACAUGCUCGCCAGCAGCCUGCUUCCAGAGGAUCGAGUUAUCGCGAAAACGAUAUAGACGCUACGCCACGAGCUAGCAGGUACUAUGAGCGUGGUGGUGAAUCAUCUCGCAAACGCAGCUAUGGCGACUACUAUGAGGAUCGCAGGUAUGAUGACAGGACGCCGAGACCGCGCUAUAAGCAGCAGCGUGUGGACAGAGCCUAUGAGUGA